AUGUCUGACAUGGAGGAAGAUGCGGUCUUGUCAGACGUGGAUGGAGAUGAAGAGACCAAAGAGGUGACAGACGAAGACAAGGUACAAGUUUGCCAACUCACCUCAGAAACUAUAGGCCAGGGGCUGUCGCUGCUGUGCCGGACAGCAAAUAGAUUAGCACAUGCUUUUGUAAAACUGGACCUGAAAGACAAAGGGUUGAAUGACAUAGCGGCGAUCAGCAGUUAUAUCCACAUACGUUUUCUGGAUUUAUCCAACAACCUCCUCACUGAUCUUUCUCCUCUGUCCUCGUUAACCCAUCUGCUGUGGCUGAAGGUUGACAAUAAUGCUGUGUCAUGCUUCAAAGGGCAACCUUUUACUCAGCUGACAUACCUCCAGUGGCUGAGUAUCGCGGCCAACCGGCUGACGGGCCUAGAUAACUUUGUUGGGUCUGCUUUAGAGAGCCUUAAUCUUACAGGGAAUGGUAUUCAGGACAUGACUGGAUUUCAGAGUGUCUGUUUUACAAACCUGGUGACUCUUGAAUUGAGAGGAAACCACUUGACCACCACUGCUGGCAUUGAUCUCCCAAAUUUGAAGCGACUGUAUCUGGCCCAAAAUGCCAUCAAACACCUUGAGGGGCUGGAGAAGCUGGAGUGCCUCAACAUCCUUCACCUUCGCGACAACCAGGUUGAGUCUCUGGAUGGCCUCAGUCAAAACAUGAAGUGUCUCCAGUACCUGAAUGUCAGAGGGAACUUGAUUGCAGAUGAGGCUGCCCUGCGAUGUCUUGGCCUUGUGUCCAAAACUUUGCGGGCUUUAGUCCUUUCUGACAACCCGCUGGUGGACUCACCAGACUACCGUCUGAGUGUACUGAUGGUUUCCCCACUGCUCCAGCGACUUGACAAAGACCCUGUCUCCUCUGAAGAGAGGGAUGAAGCUCAGCAGAGGAUCAGGGAACUCAAGGAAGAGGAAAUGCCUGAAGCGGAGAACUAGCAAUGAUGGUGAAAAUGAGGAAGUGUCAGAC